CACCGUGAUUGGAUUGCUAGAACGAGGCUUUAUGUAGAGAAGAAUCACUCGGCGCCAUUGGAACUGCAGGGAAGUAUAGCUGGCAAGACAGACGUUCUGUAAAUUUACAAUAUUUUUUUUACUAAAACACAUAGAGGAACCAAUAUUUGUUAUUAAUCUAUCAUCUGAAUCUUGCCAAACGCAGUUAUUUUAUUACAAGCUGCUAAUUAUAAGUCAAAAACCACAGACGGUUUAUCUCUCCGACUACUCACACGCCUACCCUACCGUACCGACCGUGUUGAGGUGCUGGAUUUUGUUUAUGUACAGCUAGCCUGUGUGUAUUGCUUACCGGUAAAUACCCUUUCGUUUAGGUAGGCCUAAUCGUCCAGCUGUAAGUAUCAGAAUAGCAUUCUAUCUAGCUUUAGGAUCCAUAUAUUCCUCCUUGCGAAGAGGAGGUACUUUUUACGCCAGUCUUCUGUUGGUCAAUAUACCCUAUGCCUCCAUUUGGUACCGAAAUUUCCGACGGUAAAUCAGUAAUGGAAUCGAUUAGUUUGCGUUCGUCGAAAUGUUGUGCUGCUACUGCUGCCUCUUCGCCGAAACCGAACCGGUUGAUUGCGAGGUCUGCUACCCCGAGUACGAAACCUAAAUCAACUCCGAAUUCUCCGAAGCAUAUUAUAAACAAUUAUACACGACCAGUCAGUAGUAGUACUCCACAUUUAACUUACAAUUUGACGAAUUCUCCUGUUUUCCGUCAUCGUCGACCGGAGUGCAAGCCGACUGUAAAAGGAGCGCAUAGUAGGCCUCGGCCAACAUCAUGUGUUCGCCACAUAAAUGCUUGUGAACUCUACCAAAAAUUUCACGGGAGAAUAGCAAAACCGAAUGAGAAUAUUAUUAUCAUUGAUAGUCGUCCUUUUACUGAAUUUACUAAGAGACAUAUUCAGGGUGCUUUUAAUGUGUUGAUGAAUCCGAUGAGAAGAAGGCGUUUACUCGAUGGAAAAAUGACGGUAGCUGAUAUGAUAAGUUGCGAGAGGGGUCGUCUACAAUUGAAGAAUAGAGCAGUACAUGAAGUAGUUUUGUACGAUGAGGACUCGGACACAUUAGACAAUGUUCCCGCCAAUAGUGCAGUCAAGUGUCUUGUCACGUCCCUUGAAAAAGAAGGAGCAAUAUCGGUUUUUUUACUAAAAGGUGGAAUGAAAGAAUUUGAAACACAGUACCGAGAUAUGUGUAAUAUUGGAAAUGAAGUAAAAAGUAGCAAAUGUGAGAGUGAAGAAACCGUCAACACGCCUUUGCUAGAGCAAGUGGAAAGCUGUUUUUUAAGGGCCACCAAAGAAGGACCAGGCCAACCAUCUCAAAUUGUACCUUGCAUAUACAUCGGUGGUGACAAGGAGGCCGCAGAUCUAGAUGCCCUCAACAAAAACAACAUCGGCCACGUUCUUAAUGUGACCACGAAACUACCAAACUAUCACGAAAAAACUUCGAAUAUUUCCUAUAAGAGAAUACCGGUUAGGGACGAUAAUUGUGCAGAUAUUUCGCAGUAUUUUGACCAAGCAUUUGACUUCAUUGACCUAGCACUGAAGAAAAACUCGGGUAUCUUGAUCCAUUGCCAAGCUGGAAUUUCAAGAUCGCCAACCGUAACCAUCGCUUACAUCAUGAAGAAGAACUACCCACACAUGACGAUGUCACAGGCGUACACGCUAGUGAAAAACAGACGCAGCGUAAUCUCCCCAAACCUCCAUUUUGUCGGUCAGUUGGCUUCGUACGAACAGAAACUAAAAUCAUCCUCAAGAUCUGUUGAGCAGAAACGGUGUCCAUUGGUGGCCUCGCGGUCUAGUACGCCGGUUGAAAGUGCCGUGUGAACUGAAGUUGUUUUUCUUAUGUGCCGUGUGAAAGUUAUCAUAUUGCGAAGAAGCAGUAUGGUUUGAGGAAUGUAAACUUGCUUGGGUGAUUUGUAUAGAGGUGUACUUUGUGAUUCUGCCGUAAGAUUUUUUUAUGCGUGUGAGAGGUUAGGAAGAGCAUUAACCUAUUCCAUUACUGUAGCAUAAAGCUCAGAGUGAACACAGCUUAACAGUGGGUAGAUAGGUAUACAGUACUCUAAUGUAAUUUGUACAUAUUUUAUAGGUGCUAAAGUUAAAGACACAGAAUGCAAUGACCUAUAAUGCAAUCAUUGACAGCUUUUAAACAUGAAAAUCCUAAUCAAAAAUUCAUUGGUGUCUAUGUUUUUUUUUUUUGUUGUAAAAAGAUGUACAUUUUAUGUAAGAUCAUAGGUAUUAUCGCCUACUGUAUUUAACAAGCACGACAUUGUAUGCUACAAGUCAAGAAAAACGACCUGCCGCACUGUACAAUCCAUUUACACAGCACAUGACAGCAAUCAUCAUGUAUGCAACAUAUGCUGUUUGUUCUGCUGUCUUAAUGCUUAGCGAGGGAUGACAGGAGUCAAUGAUAGACCAAUAUAUUUUCUGUAAUGUGAAAGUUUUUGAAAACAAAUGAUUCUAUGCCAAUUGCAUUUGCUUCGCAUUCAGUGAGGAUCACUAUAAGGAAUAUAGUAGGUUGCAUUCUUCUGCUGAUACGUAUGACUGUCGUGCUCUGUUGAAGACAGCUGUUCCAAAAGAAAACUAUUUUUGAAUUUAGGAUUUCCAUAAAUUAAAUAAAUCAUUUUAAAUAUACAUUGAUUUUGAAAGAUAUUUUUUUCUCGGACAAAUAUAGUGUAUAUUGAUGUUUGUUUUUAUUUACAAGCCUUUAUAUUACAGAAUAUCUACAAUCAGUGAUGAGUUCUUAAAUGAGUUGCCUGGUUACAAGCAUCAUUCGAUUAUAUUGUUUUUUGUCAGUGAGUUUAAACGUGCAAAUCUGUGGAACUUUUUGUUGGUACCUGCAUUAUUGCCGUCGUCGUUAAUUUCAUCAGUGUUUUUAAUGUAAUUUAUGUGUAUAAUAAAUUGAUUAAUUUAGUUAAAUAAGCAACUUUAUUCUCCCCUUAUCUCUCUCGUUGAAGUGUUGCCUUCAGUGAAGUUUAAAUUUUGAUUUUAUUUUGUAUAUUUACAUCCUAAAGCCUGUCUAACUUGAUUUCAUUCAGCAGCAGGUGUGAUAGUAGAUGGAAUUUGUUCAUCAUUAUUUGCAUAUCCUGCAGUAGCUGGUGGUGCAUUAAUUUUGAAUCAAACUUGCUCUUUAAAAUUUAGGUUUUUAAUUAAUUGGCAAUUUGUCAGUUGUUGCGCCUAGAGGGCUUAGAAAUUGCGCCGUAAAAGACCAACAUUUUUUUUAUUACAACAUUAUGAUAUAAAUUUAUAGCCAUGAUUUGUCUUGCUAACCAUUGUAAAUUUAUUCUUCAUUUCCCUCGUGUUUAAAAUUCAUUCUAAUCGAACUGUUAUAUUAUAUUAACAUAUGACAUAAUUUAGUUGUUAAAUAUUUACAUAAAAGAAUAAUAAUUGAUGGAAAUACCAUCAGAUAUAUUCUUUAUUUGGAAUUCUGUAGAAUUAUAUUUAAAAAAAAAGAAGAAAAAACAACAUUUGGGCCAAUGUGGAUGUCAUUAAUUAGUUUAAAGUAUUUACUUAUAUGAUAACCAAGGAAAAUAAAUUUCCCUAUAUUCAAAGCUAUUAUAAAGAGUAACAUUUAUAUUAGAUGUUAUAUAAAUGGAGAAUAGGUGUUUUUUCGACCAAACUUUCAUCAAAUAUUGGCAGCAGCACUGUUGAUGAGAAUGAUCAAAUCAGUCAAAUUGUCUGAUUUAUUAUAUUUUGGAUCAUUCGUUUUUCAUUCCCAGUAAAUAAGUUUGAAAAUUAGAAACCAUAAAAAGUAAAAGAAAAAAAAUAGAUAAAUAUAAAAUAAAUGUAAACCGAAUACUACA